ACCCUAAAGGCUCCCAGGCCCCAACCGACGGGUAAUUUUUCCACAACAGAGACCAAAAGUCCUACCUUUUCCCGAAAACUAUAAAUACUUGUCACUCUCACUUUCCUUUGCAUUUUGCCCUAAAAUUUCCAACCGACUCCUCUUCUAACGUUUCAGCCGCGACCAUGAUUUCCUCUCCCAAAUACUCAGUUUCCUUCCACUUUCCUCCCUGUUGCUCCCUUCAUCUCCCCUUUCUCUUCCUCCGACACCGUCGUUUUCUUCCCUUUUGACCGAUUGUACUUCUCUGAAUCCCUCACCCGAAACACCGUUGUUUCUUGGCGUUCUUUUUUUCUUUUUUCUUCGAUCGAGUGCAAAGUUCAUUCCUUUUUCUUUGGUUGGGGUGGUGGGGUGUUUGGAUGGAUGCGCUGGAGUUGAAUUAUCCGGUUUGACAUUUCGAAGCUUAUGGGGUCUGAAGGGUUUGGAAGAGGGGCUAGGGUUAGUGAAGAUUGUAAGCCGCUUCUUAAUUCUUCGAUUGACUGUUGUACCUCUUCGCUUAAACAUAAAGAUGAGACCAUGGUUCUUAAUGAUAUAGAGUCGGCUUCAUGGGGUAUGGUUCCUGAUGCUGAACUUUGUAGGCAUGCUAGUCUGCUGUCCAGCUGUCAGAUAGAAGAACUGUCUGAACAGCAUGAUCACAAGGGCACCAAUUGUCACUUAUCAAAUCCUGGUCCUGAUGCUGUUAAUACACAAAGGAAAGCUGGAAAAAUGCCGAGGAGUAGUAGUGGACGUUCUAAGAGAGCACGUGUUGCUCAACUAGAAGACACUAUGACUUCAGCUGGAGUUGAUGAUAUAAAGGAUAUAAAUGAUAAGCUAGGGUCUUAUUCUACAAAAUGUAACUUUCCAGAUAAAACUCAAAUUUCAAGACAAAAGAACAGCUUUAGUGGCAAGCGGGGUGAUAGGAGAAAUUUUAAAGUUCCUAUGAAGCCAAAAUUUGACUCUUUCUCAAUGAAGGCAGGUUUGGGGAGCUUUAAUAUGGCCUCUGGAGGGAACAACUUCCUUGGAUUAUAUGGUCUGAAGUCAGACAUUCAAGAUGUCACCAAGCUCAUGGAGGAUUUAUCAUUAAAUGAACUCCUUGAUGGCACUUAUGAGCAACCCAUUUUAAGCAAGGAGAAAAGCAGGAAAGCAGCUAACACAACUGAAAAUUUUCUACAUUCAGUUAAAAAGGCGUGCUCCAUUAUUCCACUUCAAAGGGUUCAGUCCCAAAAUUUUACAGAUAUAGACAAUUCUUCUAACAAGGAAAUGUCCAUUUACCCACCAAGCUCUGUUUCUGUAGCGCCAAGUUGUGUUAAUGGUGAUAAAGAAGACAUCUGUUCUAUAGACCCAUCACCAUGCAACAAGGAUUCAUAUGGUCAGCCUGAAAUGCCUGCCAGUCCUCCAGAUUUUCCAUUGUGUCGGCCUAAGGAUAUUCUGGAGCGCUUGGCAUUGCCUCCCCCAAAAGAUUUGGACUCUUUACUUCUUGAUGCAACCAAGCCUUCUUCAUCGACAAGGAACAAUUCUGAUACUCGCUCAGGCAAGCAAAUAGUCCGCGGAGCUAGGUUGCCACCAUUUCCCUGGUCACAUACUUUUAAUGGGUUUAGAACCAAUUCUGAUGCUGUUAAGCUUUUAUCAAAUAAGAGCACGUGUCAAGGCCGAUGGGUAAAAAUACCUAACACUCCCAGUUCUCUUGGGAUUGAAACUGGUUGUUUUACCAACUUGGAGUCACUUGCUUAUGAUCCAAGCCUAAUUCCUUUAGGUUCAAAGUUUGGUAAUUCGGAAGGUGGUAGUGCUUCAUCCACUGGUAAUCCACCUUUCUAUGAGCAAGGUGCAUCAUCUCUUGCAACUUAUACCAAGGCUUUUAAUGUUCCUCAAGAAUCUGGACUUGGGCUGGCAGAACAAUGGAAUGUUUGGCACUGUCCAGGACUAUUGACUGCCGCUCAAACAUUAUGUGACAUUGCGACUAAAUCCUUCAGGCAAAACCCAGAUGGGAUUACAAGGUGGCCAAAGAAGCCUUCACAAAAGGCCAUGACAGCUCGAAAGACAAAAUCAAUUGAGAAACCUGAGGAAAUAUAUGCAACGCCUUCUUCAGUAUUGGGAUCUGACAAACUAGUGAGAAGUGAUGUGGGCCAGACAAUUCCCUCAAAAAGGCCUAAGCUCUCUGUAGUUGAGAAUAAGAAAGAUCUCAGUCAUAUCAAUGGUGUUAGAAAAGGACCAAUAGCUUGGUCUACGCCUAGAUCAAGUAGAUUAUCCCCGGGCAAAUCAUUAAGAGACUCAACCGUGGGAAUAAAACAUUCAACUGCCAAUGUAGUAAAGCCACCAUGUACGAUGCAGCCACCACCAACGGCUUCGGAUAAGCCUCGCAGCAGCCAACAGAAGCUGCGUAAACUAAUGCCAGUGGACUGGAAGAAGGGGAGAGAUGGGCUUUACUAAUAAAGUUUUUUUUUUUUCAAUGUAGAAGUUUCGUUCAACAAUUAUUGCAAUUUAUCAGCCACUCUGUGAGGUUACUAGCGUUCCCGGUUUAUUUGUAUAUAUUGUGUUAUAGGUGGAAUGCAAUACUUGUGAGGCUUUGUUGCAAUAGAAGCCGAGUAUUUCAUUUGUUGUAACAUCAAGGAUAGUUGUACGGUAGGGAAUUCUUUGCCUUGUGUAGAACAAGCAAUUGAUGGGGCAAUAGAAAUUUCAGUUUCUCUUA